AGCGAGAGACCUCGGCUCCUUCCAGAGCGCCUCCCACCACCUCCAGUCUGGUGUGCCAGAGCCAUUUUGGGUGAUGGCAGAGACGUUCCCUACCAGCCUUCUCAUGCCGGUUUCUACCCACCCAGGUCCGUUUACCAAGCCCUUCAGACACACUGGCAGGUGCUGUGCCAGACGCUGCCUCUGAGUUUGGCCCCGCCCCUAGAAGGCAGAUAGUCCCCACUGUAGGUUUCGUUUAGCAGACGGCUCUUUGCACUGGGAGUCUUCGCUCGGAGCCGUGAUCUCCUCUGCCUGCGUCUCCCUGCCCGGUGGGCUUUAGAGCCAUGGCAACGGAGGAGAAGAAGCCAGAGACGGAGGCCGCCAGAGCACAGCCCACCCCUUCCUCCUCAGCCACGCAGAGCAAGCCUACCCCUGUUAAACCAAACUACGCUCUAAAAUUCACCCUGGCUGGCCACACGAAAGCUGUGUCCUCUGUGAAAUUCAGCCCGAACGGGGAGUGGCUGGCAAGUUCGUCUGCUGAUAAACUCAUUAAAAUUUGGGGAGCAUAUGACGGAAAAUUUGAGAAAACGAUAUCUGGCCACAAGCUGGGGAUAUCAGAUGUUGCCUGGUCGUCAGAUUCCAACCUCCUUGUUUCCGCCUCAGAUGAUAAAACCCUAAAGAUCUGGGACGUGAGCUCGGGAAAGUGUCUGAAAACCCUGAAGGGGCACAGUAACUACGUCUUUUGCUGUAACUUCAACCCCCAGUCCAACCUCAUCGUCUCGGGCUCUUUUGACGAAAGCGUGAGGAUAUGGGACGUGAAAACAGGGAAGUGCCUCAAGACCCUGCCUGCACACUCGGACCCGGUCUCAGCUGUUCAUUUUAACCGGGAUGGAUCCUUGAUAGUGUCAAGUAGCUACGACGGUCUCUGUCGGAUCUGGGACACCGCCUCCGGCCAGUGCUUGAAGACGCUGAUUGAUGAUGACAACCCCCCGGUGUCUUUUGUGAAGUUCUCCCCAAACGGCAAGUACAUCCUGGCCGCGACCUUGGACAACACGCUGAAGCUCUGGGACUACAGCAAAGGGAAGUGCCUGAAGACGUACACCGGCCACAAGAAUGAGAAAUACUGCAUUUUUGCCAAUUUCUCAGUCACUGGCGGGAAGUGGAUCGUGUCUGGUUCCGAGGACAACCUGGUAUACAUCUGGAACCUGCAGACCAAGGAGAUCGUACAGAAAUUACAGGGCCACACAGACGUCGUGAUCUCGACGGCCUGCCACCCGACAGAGAACAUCAUCGCGUCGGCCGCGCUGGAGAACGACAAGACCAUCAAGCUCUGGAAGAGUGACUGCUAGGCGCUGUGGGCGCCGCGGGGGGACCGUCAGGAAGGUGGCCGGGUGGCGGGAGCGCGGUGUCUGGAAGGCGCCCCUCGGUCUGGGCCUGGGGGUCGGGAGGGGCCUGGAGUCAGCCGCCUCUGAGGACGACGGGCUGUGUCUACCACCAGAAAGUUGAAAAGUUGCUGGUGACAUUUCUUGCCAAUCUCUCAUUGUCUGAGGAAGUUUCUAGUCUGUAUUGUGUUCAAAUGGAGUCAAAAAUUUUUAAUUUUUUAUUACAGAAGGGUGAAGUUCAAUUUAUCAUGAGUUGUGUUUUUUUCCAGUCAGUGUUCUGUAUCUUUGGUAUCUAAUUACCCAGUGCAGGCGGGGUGAGCCGCCGUGGCCAGUCCUGCCCGGCCCCCAUGGCCGGCCCCCUCGUCUGUGCAGCCAUGCUCUAGUGACACGGUCCGCGGUCACCAGUUCCUGCUGUAGUUGUGUCCAGUGUGUUUCGAAGUCUUUCUGGAAAAUGCAGAACACUGUAAGAUUUCCGUGUAAAAACCCUUUGUGUGGGAGUUCGUGGUCCCUGCGCGGACAGUGUGGCGUCGCGCUCGUAGCUCCCUGCGUCUCCCCCCAUCCCCAGCACGCGCGGCUGCGAGCUGUGACACAAGGUAGGGGUCUGUGCGACUGCCGUGCCGGCCUUCUCCCGCCGAGCCUGUACGCGCUCGGCCCUUCGAUGAAAAGUCUCCGAGGUGGCGGGAAGUUGAGGAUACCCGCGGGAAGGACUGGGCUCCCCUGUGGUUUGGGAGUGCGUUAAGGGGGGCCGGGAAAAAUGGGGGCAAGUGUAGCUGGAGAGGAGCCGGCCUCCCGGCUGCGUCCUGUCGAGCGCUGCAGCGGCCAGGGCUGGGCUGCGGGAGGCCCCGGUCGGCAGGCCUGGGCUCAGGCUGGGCUUCGGUCCCUGCUGCCCACCUGGGGACCCGCAGGCUCGCUGGGGGUCUUGGGGCCGGCACUGGGAGCCGCCGGCUCCGGCGGGCCUGCUGGUGUGCUUGGGAACCUCCAGCCCUGCGGUUGCCAGCCUGGGGCGGGGGGGAAAGCAGGGGUGGUGCUGGGAUUCCCAGGCCGGGGGACCCACCCCAUGUCCAACCCCCCCUUCGCCAGCCCCGAGUCCUGGGAAGGGGGCUAGAGGGCUACCCUCAACGGUCUCCCAGGGCCCCCUCCAGUGGCCACUGUUGGUCGGGUGACGCCGACCAUUCUAGUAGAAGGCAUUCCGUUUCCCUGGCCUCUCCUGGAGGAGGACAGCGCAUGGGCUGUCGGUGCUAGGGGAUCGCUGCAGUGACAUGCGGUCAGCUCGGGGGGCUCGGGGGGGGGGUCUGCUUUGCCACAUGUUUUGAUAGGAAGUGCGAAGGUGUCACAGCUCACCCCGGGGUGCAGAGGGGCGUGGACGCGGAGCGCUGUGCCCUUGGACAUAGUUUAUUUUUUCUACGUUUGAAUUCUCUGUUGUAGAUUUGUGUAAAAAUACAUUCUCUUUUAAAAAUAAAAAUUUUCAUGUCUUGUAA